CAAUUCCAUGGUUUCAGUGUUCUAUGGUUCCUGGGGGCUCCAUGAUCUACAGUUCUCCCUGAAAUCCCGAUUUUUCUGAGACUGUUGAUCUGUUGCCUCUUGGAAAAUGUGGAGAGAGCACAGAGGAAAAGGAGCUGCUCGGGGUGGAAAUUCAGGGAGGGAACAUCCUGGAUGAGCACAGCACAGGCAGGUCCCAGGAGAGUUGAGAGAUAUCUCUGGGACAGAGGAACAGUUGGUUCGAUUCCUGCCAGUAUCUUGGGUUUCCAACUCAAGACAAAGAAAUAGGAAGUGAGGUGGGAUGAGGGCCUGGGCACUGUGGAAAGAUGGGUUGAAUCUCAAAGUCCUUUGUGUUCCAGGUCCUCGCUCCGGCCACCCUUCACUCCUCUCCCAACACCAUGUGCUCCACUGGAUGCUGUUCCACGGGAUGUUGCUCUGUCGUGAAGAGCAAGACCGUGUGCUGCAGCCCCUGCAAGACGGUGUGUUGCAGUCCCUGCAAGACUGUGUGCUGCAGCCCCUGCAAGACUGUGUGCUGCAGCCCCUGCAAGACCGUGUGCUGCUCCCCAUGCCAGCAAUCCUGCUGCUGCGACCCGUGCCAGAAGACUGUGUGCUGUGACCCGUGCCAGUCUUGCUGUGACCCGUGCCAGAAGCCCUGCUGUGACCCGUGCCAGACUUGCUGUGACCCGUGCCAGAAGCCCUGCUGUGACCCGUGCCAGACCUGCUGUGAUCCAUGCCAAAAGCCCUGCUGUGACCCAUGCCAGACUUGCUGUGACCCGUGCCAGAAGCCGUGCUGUGACCCAUGCCAGACUUGCUGUGACCCGUGCCAGAAGCCUUGCUGUGACCCGUGCCAGACCUGUUGUGACCCAUGCCAGAAGCCCUGCUGUGAUCCAUGCCAGACUGUCUGCUGUGACCCGUGCCAGAAGCCUUGCUGCGAGCCAUGCCAGACCUGCUGUGAUCCAUGCCAGAAGCCUUGCUGCGAGCCAUGCCAGACUGUCUGCUGUGACCCGUGCCAGAAGCCUUGCUGCGAGCCAUGCCAGACCUGUUGUGACCCGUGCCAGAAGCCUUGCUGUGAUCCAUGCCAGACCUGCUGUGACCCGUGCCAGAAGCCUUGCUGCGAGCCAUGCCAGACCUGCUGUGAUCCAUGCCAGAAGCCUUGCUGUGACCCAUGCCAGACCUGCUGUGAUCCAUGCCAGUCCUGCUGUGACCCAUGCCAGAAGCCCUGCUGUGACCCAUGCCAGACCUGUUGUGACCCGUGCCAGACCUGCUGUGACCCGUGCCAGAAGCCCUGCUGUGACCCGUGCCAGACCUGCUGUAACCCGUGCCAGUCCGUGUGCUGCACCAAGGUGUGCCAGAAGUCCGUGUGCUGUGUCCCACGGCCCUGCUGCUGCCCCUGCGGGUCCCAGUCCUGCUGCUCCUACGUGGUGAAGAAGCCCGUGGUGGUUUGCUGCACCCCGGUGAGGAAGUGCUGCACGCCCUGCAUCCCCAUCCAGCAGUGCUGCGCCAGCCUCAGGAAGACCUGCUGAGCUGCCCCAGGUGGCUCUGAGGGCUCCAGGAAUGGGCACAAGGAGGUGAAAAGCUGCUCGUUUGCUUUUGGUUUUCAUGGUGAUGGAGCCAAUUCAUAGAGAUUUUCUUCUUCUUUCCAAGCUGAAGCUGCUGCUUCUUUCCAUCCUUUAGUUAUCCAUUGUCUUUAAUUAUUGACUGCCUUGAGUACUCCUGAAUUUAUCACCCAUUGUAUAAGGCAUUGGAUAUUAGUGGGGUGUUAAUUCUCCUUUUGGUGUUUGGGAAACCUUUGGUGUCAUUGUGACCACUCUUCAUUUCCUCUCUUGACUUGUAGACAAUAAAAUUUAGCAUUAAGCAAAACGCAA